AUGUGUGAAGUGGCCCGACUGCUCUUCAGGGCCUAUAGCUUGCUCAGACAGAAAGCAUUAGGAUGUAAAGGUGCUGUGAGCCACGAGCAGUGGUGCCUUCCUCUGGUUAAGCUUUUGUGCUCCAACAUCCCAGAUGAUAAACACAGGCAGCAUGUGAUUAAGAUGGGAGAUGAGCUCGCCUCCAGAGGACUGAUCUACGCCGCUCAUAUCUGCUACGUAGUGGCGAAAGUGGAACUCGGCUCACAUGAUCGGAUGUAUCUAGUCGGAUUCAACAGUUUGCCUAAUGGACUCGCAGCCCUGAAUGAAAGUGUUAUGAGCACUGAGACGUAUGAAUACAUGUUGUCACUGACCUCAGGUCAUGCCCAGACAAACUUCCAGAUCUGCAAGUUGGACCAUGCCAUAAGACUGGCCAUGCUUGCACUUGAUGAUACAGCGUUUGAGUACUGUGAGACCAUUGCUAGAGCAGUCAUCACCUCACCAUGCUGCUUCACAACAUCCCUAAUGGAAAAGCUUAUUUUGCUGUCUAUCAACCUGUACUCUAAACGACAACAGGAAAAGGAACCUGAGUGGCUGCUACACCUUCUCCAGCUGCACAGCCUCAAGGUAGCUGAUGUGAAUGCAGAUUAUCGUGAGCAGCCUGGGCCAUUCACCAGCUCUAAUGUGGGACCAGAGGAGCUCGAGCCAUCUACCAGCUCUAAUGUGUUUUGUGAGAUCCAGGACUCAGAAUGUGGAACGAUCCCUGCUCUCGAGUCUCUUUAUCUCGAGCAGCACACUGACCCAGAGGGGGCUGUGAAUCAGUCCGAAGAGUUUGAUGAACUGGCUACAUUUCCUGACCUACUGAUAGGCAAUAAGAUGCAGAAGAAGGAGCUGUUUCAGUUUAUCAUGAUGAAAUCACAGAAGUGCCUCGAUGAAAUCGCCAAACCUGAUCAAGUGGAGGCCUUUUUCUUCUGGCAGAUUGUGGGAUUGUUCUGUGUUCAAAAUGGAAAAGUGAUGAUGUGUGAAGUGGCCAGACUUCUUUUCAGGGCUGACGGCUUGCUUAGACAGAGAGCAUCACUAUGUAAAGGUGCUAUGAGCCACGAGCAGUGGUGCCUUCCUCUGGCGCGGCUUUUGUGCUCCAACAUCGCAGAUGAUAAACACAGAGAGCAUGUGAUUAAGAGUGGAGAUGAUCUUGCCUCCAGAGGACUGAUCUACGCUGCUCAUUUCUUUCUUCAUGGUGGCGAAAGUGGGGAUGGAUCACAUGAUCGUUACUGAUUUGUUA